AUGGCACCUUUAAUUACAAUGCAAAAGUCGCCCGAAAGAGCAUUUGCUCUGCAGAAAUAUCUGCUCCUCCACUCUCAGCAUGAUGCUCUUCAGAAGCACAUCAACCAAGUCACUGCUUCCAUCCCCGAGAGUCCCAUCGGACAGACCGAUCGUCAUCGCAACUCUUCAGUCUCUUCAGACUCCAGUACUGCUAGUGAUGCAUCCACUUCACCUCUCGGCUCACCUAUCCCCAACAUCAGCUCCCGCAGGGGCAGUCUCCCACCCUCUUUUGGCCACACGCAACACUUUCACCGCGAGGAAAGGAUCAAUUUACUACCAGCGAUUGUAGAUGAAACAGUCGUUGAAGUGAUUGAGGAGGACGAGCAGAAAUUGAAGGAUGUGAACCAACAAAUCAAGACUGCCUUGACUGAUCUACUCAACUGUGAGAGUGUGAAGGGCGAUAUCAGAUAUAGGAAAUGGGUUCAAACACGAUUGAUGGAUACGGAAAGAGAAUUGAAGGAGCGCAGAACGAGAAGUUGUGAGAGGAGAAGAAGCGAAGACAUGAGUCUUUGA